UGUUUUUUCUACUCUUUCUGCUGUGUGGGGAGAUAGUGUCACACAUGUCUGUGCCACGUGUUGGUGUUAUUUAGCAAGCUAACAUUAUGAUGCGAAGACCCAGAACAACUACUGCCAAAGCUGUGGAGAACACAGAUGUGGACUCAGACUUGUCAUUUUUGAUUGUCAGCAGUGAUGAGGAUAUUGAGGAAUGGAGGCCACCAGAGCCAAAGCCAAAAGCCCCCACCAUGUCAUUUUUGAUUGUCAGCAGUGAUGAGGAUAUUGAGGAAUGGAGGCCACCAGAGCCAAAGCCAAAAGCCCCCACCAUGUCAUUUUUGAUUGUCAGCAGUGAUGAGGAUAUUGAGGAAUGGAGGCCACCAGAGCCAAAGCCAAAAGCCCCCACCAGGGCGGCCAAAGCUCCUGCAGCAGCCGGGGAGAAGAAAGCAGCUGCCAAGAGAACCGCUAAACCAAAGGAGCCAAAAGCACCCAAACAACCUAAAGCUCCUAAAGUGCCAAAAGUUCCCAAACCAAGGGCCCCACGCAAACCGGCAGCAGAGCGAAAAACACGGGCCCCUAAAGCUCUGAAGGAUUCUGGUUCCCCAGGGUUGGCUGGAGCAAAGAGGAAACAUAUUGAUGAAGGCAAAAAGGAUGAUAAGGCUGCAGAAAACAAAGGAGAAAAACAAACUGACUGUCCACAGGGAGAGGGGGUCGAACAGAGUGGACCAAGUGUCAGAAUGAAGGAGGAGAGGGUGUCAUUUAUCGUGUCAGACGCCCACCAGGCAGACGGAUGGGCAGGCGAGGGGUCGUCACUAGCUGGGUUUAGAGCAAAGAAAGAAGAAGUGGAGGAUGAGGAUUUCACGUUUGAUGAGCCCUGUCAAAAGAAGCAGAAGACCGGCGGUGCCUGCUACGGACAACCAACUGGUUUACCGUCGUCACAAGCACACGCUUUGAGGAAUGAACUCAAUAUGAACUGGGAUUUGAUCGAGCUGCUGUCCACCCUGACAUGUGUGCAGCGAUGGGUGUGUGUAAACAUCAUUGGGCUGAUUCGUGAGGAGAACACGGUGCCGUUCAUGGUGCGCUACCGCAAAGAGAUGAUUAACCACAUGGACGCCGAUGCCGUCCGAGACGUCCAGCUGAUAUAUGAAGUGUUAUGCUGUCUUGCCAAGAAGACCCAGUCUGUGGUUCAGACCCUGAAGAAGGACGGGGUUUUGACAGCUGAGCUGGAACAAAAUCUGAGGAGCUGCCGAUCAGCUGAUGAACUGGAUCAUGUGUAUUCUCCCUAUAAGAAAGGCAGUAAGCUGACGAAGGCUCGCAGAGCCAAAGCACUCGGCCUCGAGGCGGCCGCCUCUGCACUCAUGGACACACCGCAUACUCUGGAUUUAAGGGCAUGGGUAAAACCUGGUACUGAAGGUCUGUCAUCGUUGGAAGAAGUAGCUACAGGUGUGGAGCAUAUCGUGGCUGAUAUGAUAGCCAAAGACCCUGAGACACUCACCUACGUGAAAACAUUGUGUGAGAAAAGCUUUGUGACCAUCCAGUCUUCUGUGUCCAAGUCGGCACUAAAGGAAAAAGAGCAGGAGAAGUCUGUCGAAGGGUACAAGAAACCAGGGGCCCAGCAAAACAAAAUCAAGGACAUCGACAAGUUCCACCUCUACAUGGACUUCACCAGCAACAUCCAACGCAUCCAGCCCCAUCAGACCCUGGCUAUUAACCGAGGAGAGAGUCUGAAGAUUUUGACAGUGAAAGUGAACAUUCCCGACAGGGUGAAGAGUGACUUCACUUUGUGGUGCAUCAACAACAGGUGGAGGCCGAGGACGUUUGCAAAAGAAGAGCUUCUUACAAUCAUCAGUAAUUCUGUAGAGGACUCUUUUAAAAGGCUUAUUCUGCCUUUCCUCACCAGGAGUUACAGGACUAAGCUGACAAGUGCAGCAGAGAAGGAGUCAAUCGCCAUGUUCGUGCGAAACCUCCGGCAGCGCCUGCUGGUGCGUCCAGUAAGAGGCUGUGUCAUCAUGGGAGUGGACCCUGGCUUUAGACAUGGCUGUAAGCUGGCAGUUCUCUCCCCCACUGGUCAGAUUAUUCAUACUGACGUUGUGUACCUGCAUAAUUCAGGCCAGCCAAGAGAAGUAGAGAAACUGCGCCACCUCAUGAUCAAAUACAGCUGUGCCAAGGUUGUCAUUGGUAACGGGACAGCAUGUCGUGAGACUGAGUCCGUCUUCGCAGACCUCAUCUCCAGGCGCUGUUUCCACCCUCUGGACGUGUCCUACUGUAUAACCAAUGAGGCGGGAGCGUCCAUCUACAGUGUGAGUCCUGAGGCGGUCAAAGAGAUGCCGGACAUGGACCCCAACCUUAGGAGUGCAGUGUCCAUUGGAAGACGUGUCCAAGAUCCACUGGCUGAGCUUGUGAAGAUUGAUCCUAAACACAUUGGCAUUGGAACAUAUCAGCAUGACGUGUCAGCGGGAGCUCUGAAGGCGGCAUUAGACGGCGUGGUGCAGGAAUGUGUGAGCUUCGUCGGGGUGGACAUCAACAUCUGUUCAGAAACGCUGAUGAGGCAUGUGGCGGGCCUGAAUGCGGGCAGAGCAAGAAAUAUCGCAGAGUGGAGAGAGCAGAACGGUCCCUUCAUCAACAGGGAGCAACUCAAACUGGUCAAAGGCAUGGGGCCCAAGACCUACCAGCAGUGUGCCGGCUUCAUUAGAAUCAACCCGCAAACCCUACGCAGUGCCAAAUCUUCACCUCACCCUGUACCAGAGAAACCGGCGGCUAAGAAGGGCAAAGGAAAGAAUUGCGUCAAUAUACCAACCUCAUUUAACCCCCUGGACCAGACCUGUAUACACCCAGAGUCCUACCAUGUGGCACAAAGGUUUCUGUCCCUCGUGGGUGGGAGUGCAGACCAGAUCGGGAGUGCAGGCCUGAGACAGUGUGUGGACAGCAAGGUUAGGACCAGCAGUGUCGAGGAGCUGGCCAGGACAUUGGACACCACAGUUGAGACACUCAAACUCAUCAUAGACGGCCUCACGCAGCCUCCCGGGUUCGACCUAAGACAAAAUUUUGGGCAAGCGGACUUUAAGCGGGGCAUUGUGUCGAUGAGUGAUCUGCGGGUGGGUGCGGUGCUGACGGGCCGGGUGGACAACACAGCCCUCUUCGGGGCUUUUGUAGAUAUCGGUGUUGGCCGCCCGGGCCUCAUCCACAAGAGCAACAUCACCAUGGACAAGCUGCCUGUGAGCCAGCGCCGCCGCAGCCUGGCACUGGGACCUGGGGAACGGGUGGAGGUCCGGGUUCUGAAUGUGGACCCUCAGAGGGGUCGGAUCGGGCUGGACCUGAUCAGGAUCCUGCAAUAGAGUCACAUAAUUCCCAUAAACAAUACUUUGGAUUGAAUGGGAUUUAUGACAGGGUAUUAUACAAAAAGAUACUGAGAGGCAAAUUAUUUCAGUGUUUACAGCAACUGCGGAUGAGAACUGAUAUGAUUCCUAUAAACAGAUAAGCAGAGACGAACACGUCAUUUUAACAGGCAAACUGUUAAGUGUAUCUAUAGAAAUGGCCCUUGACUUUACGAUAGUAAUAACACACAUUCAACCAAUGUCAGCAUUAUUUGCAGGGCCUCGCAAUUUUACAAUGCAGGUCCUCGUUUAUUUUCUGCAAAAAUGUCCAAAUCAAAAGACUGCUUGUUCAUUUAAAAAUAAUUAAUCUCUGUGUGGCUGUUACAAGUCCAGUGAGAUAAAAUCAAUCCAAACUUUCUCACAGUUAUGUUAACGGCUGGGAGACUUUCUUUCCCCUGAAGUCAUUUUCUCAGCCUCAUUAUGCUCCUUGUGCAUCAUUGGGAGUUGUACUUUGGAUUGAACACUAAGCCCAAUUGCCUGAUUCAAGGCAAAACUGUCCCUUUUUGUCCAUCAACCUCCUGCACACACUGCCGUCUACUGGUCAUUAGAGAAGAUAGGACGGCUUAUGAGAGGGAAACCACAAUUAUUUGCACUUUAGCAUUAGAUGGCUUCACACUUGAUCUGAUUUUUAUGAAUAUAAAAAUACUUCAAUAAUGUUCAUAUAUCGUUCACAUACCUCAGCUCUUCAAGAUAUGCUUUGUUUACUACUGCUGUUAACAGUUUGUAAAGACGCUUCUGUGUGUCUUUGUUAUUCAAGGCAGACUUUGUUUACAGUGUUUUUGGACUCUUGAACAAACCAACUGAGGAACAUGUAAUCUUAAACAGAUUUCAAACUGUCAAAAAAAACUGGCUUCAUCUGCAGGUGAGGUUUUGACAUUAAAGAUAUUU